GCCCCGUAGAGUCCGGCAAAGUGUCGAACACUACAUUGAAGUGAAGAGGAAGUGUUGUUAAUAUGAAAAUAUAAGCAACAGUACAUUUGAAAUACCCCGCCGAGUGGACGGAACCGGUUUGUCGAGCAUACAAGCCAUGCCCACCCAGCCGUCUGCAAGGGAACCUGAGGAGGAGAUGGACGCAGAGGAAGAGUGUGGACUACCCGAGGCCAAUGGAGAAAUGGAUGUAGAGAGGGAGAGACCAGCAGGAGAGGGAGGAGGAGAAGGGGAGGAGACCAUGGAGGAGAGCACAGAGGAGAGGGAGAGUGACUUGGACGAUAGUGACGAGGAAGAAGAGGAGGAGGAGGAAGAGGAGAGUUCAGAGAUGGAUGACGAGGACUGCGAGAGGAGGAGAGGGGAGUGUCUAGACGAGAUGCUGGACCUGGAGAAACAGUUCCAGGAGCUGAAAGACAAGUUGUUUCGGGAGCGUCUGAACCAAGUGAAAGUGAAGCUGGAUGAGGUGCUGACAGGAAAGGCUGGAGAGUACAGAGAACCGCUGGCUACACUACAGAACAACAUGCAGCUACGUACGCAAGUGGCUGGCGUGUACAGAGAGCUGUGUCUGCAAGUGAUCAAACACAAGUACGAGUGUGAACUGCAGGGAGCGAGGCAACACCUGGAGAGUGAGCGGAUGUUACUGUUUGAUGCCAUGAAGACAGAACUACUGGAAAAGAUCAGGAGACUGGAGGAGGACAGACAGAGCAUAGACCUCACCUCUGAGUGGUGGAGCGACGAGAUGAGGAGCAAGAAGUGUAAACGAAAGAACGUCCUUGCACGGACGGAGAGAAAGAAGAAAGCUGCCCUGGUGUCGGGGCCGUUCAUCGUCUACAUGUUGAGAGACAUUGACAUCCUCGAGGACUGGACCGCUAUCAAGAAGGCAAAAGCAGCACUGACACCAGUAAAGAAGAAAGCUGAGAAGCGGUGAUGACCGGAUCGUCCCGUUGGACCAGCGGCGGCCAGACCAAACACAGAAAACACACAAGAGAUUCACAAAUCAACCGUUUUACAGUUACGGUUUCGCUUUCCUCCAGUAACCCCGGCGAUGUUUGUGACGUUGUCAUUCCUGCGCUGUUGACCCAAGCAAAAACCAUCCUACGUCUUAUAUAAAAUUUUGUAACAGCUAUUUAAAAUGAGUUUUUAUCGAUGAUUGAUAUGAUAACCAUGUAUUUAUAGAAUGUUUUAUUAUAGUGAUUAAAAUUUUAAUCUUUUAUGAUACAA